GGCCUCUGCCUUGUGCGCCUGCGCACCACUUGUUUACAACUCUACUGACCGUGUACACACAUGACCUUUUCCAAGAUGGAUUCUGAUACGUAUUUUAUUGGGUGGUGUGUUGGUGAAAAUCGGAAAAACAUCGGUGGACAAUUGGUGCGGGCGCGUAAUACCGCCGCCAGAACAUAGGAAUCUCCUCCGACGCCGUGAGAAAGUGUGGACGACGACGACGGCAGUGACUCUGACUCGGGUAUCGCCGAUAAAUGUGGUGCGAUCCGCUAGCACAUUUUUCGUCUGGCUGAUGCUCGGAACUCUCGGAAUGUGUUGUUUUGCUCCGUAGCCUCUGCUAUGAGUGCUUUUGAUUAAAAGUGAACUCAGUGAGAGUGACAGACAGUUUGUGUGGCGAUAAAGUGCAGUGUUGGUGAACUUGGCGCAGGAAGGCAUACUUCACCGAAGAAUGUUUGUUUAUUAGGUUAUUGCGCAGAAUGAUCCUGCCCUUGGUAGUGGGGCCCCGCGGGCCAGCUAUUGCUUUGAUUGCGACACAAGACAUUUUGGGUCAUGCCAAGAAACCUGACUGCUGCCAGAUUUUGACCCCGACAGCAAGUUUGUGAUGUGAGCGUGAAAACGGAACAAGACAUCGGAUUCGCUGAAUCGCAACUACGACAUUUAUAUGCCGGAAUGUGUGUCGGAGCCUUGUCUAAAUCACUAUGUCUGUGAACACGCCAUCGCCGUUGGGCGAUGCAUCCUCGGUGGCUUCCCUCCCGCCACAAGGCCACCGGGGAGAAGUUGUUAAAACAGGCAACCUCAAGAAAUUAAAAACCAAUAAAAAGAAAUACUUUGUGCUGCGAUGCGAGUCAGCUGAUUAUCCAGCACGCCUUGAAUAUUAUGAUAAUGAGAAAAAAUUUAAGGCUCAUCAGCAGCCAAAGAGAAGCAUUUCUUUGAAGGCUUGCUUUAAUAUUAACAGACGUACGGAUAUGAAACCAAAAUAUGUUAUUGCUCUAUAUACAAAAGAUGAUUGUUUUUGUAUCGUGUUGGAGUCAGAAGAAGAAAGAGAAGCCUGGCUCAGAGCAUUGUGGGCACUUCAAGAUGGUGACGAUGUUACAGAUGGUGAAGCACCUAAGCCUGUAUUUGAACAUGUGUGGAAGGUCGAAGUUGCAAACAAAGGUUUAGGUUCUACAAGAGGCAUAAAUGGCCCGUACCAUUUAUGUCUGACUGGAAGAACUGUGAGUCUAGUCAGGAUCUUGUCUGAUGGAUCCAAGGAUAUUUUGGAAUUCCCGCUUAUAAACAUCAGGUCAUUUGGAUGUGCUGAGUCAUUCUUUUAUAUGGAAGUGGGAAGAAAUGCUGUUACUGGUACUGGAGAGAUAUGGAUGCUGGCUGAGGAUGCAGUCAUAGCAAAGGAUAUGAGCCGUGCUAUACAUGCUAUGAGGAGCAGAGGUGAUGACAGAAUCCGAAGCGAUGACAGUGGCUCAAGGCAAAUAGCACGCUCAGCAUCUGUGAGUGAACCUACAAGACCCAUUUCUGUGACAAAUAGGAGGCACAACAAUUCGGCCUCUGAGAAACAUGAUGAAAGUGAAACUUCAGUGCCAAAUGUCAAUGAAAGCACCGCUGGAUAUGUUGGGAACCUAGACACAUAUUGUGAAAUGAGAGUCCCUGGCAGAUUGGUGUCUACUGACCAUGAUGGGUCAGCGCUUAGCCGGACAGGAAGUGUGCCAUAUAAUUUCCUGUACUGCCAGUUAUCGCAACGAUGUGUCCAACAACAGCAACAGCAACAGUGCAGGGUCAACAAUAAUAUCCUGUCACAUCCCAACCGACGCAGGCAUUCCGUCUCAGCGGUGUCAGUAAGCACACCAGGCGCUGCAAGCUGCUGGGCCUCUGGGUGCAAGGGUGCUUCUUGCACCCCAUGCGCACCUCAUGGUGCCAGUGGGACCAUGCCCGGGUCUGGGGCUGGGGCGGCGGGAUCCAACACUACUCCUCUCCUCGUUCACCACCAGCGUACUUACUCCUUCCCCCUGUCGCCUCUCCCCCCCUCCACCUCGGUGCGCCGAGGCAGUGCGGGUACCAGGGCUGGCCUAGGCCUCGGCCAGGCGGCUCAGACUGGCCAGCGGCACAGCGGCACAGGCCUCGUCGGCACAAGCCCCAACAGUGCACAUUGUUCAUCUGCUGGUAGGGAUCGUUCUGAUAGCCUACCGUCCACUGUUCGUGCGCCAACAGAGAAUCAUUCAUUUUCUCAUGGGUCUAUGGGAACCCACGGGCACCACCCACACCAUGUGUAUGGGAGGACAAUGCACUACAUUUCAGCCUGCCACCGUCCCCAUUCUAUGUACAAUCGGGGAAUUUCACACUCGCCACCUGUCAAUAACUCUAGUCCUGUCAGUCCUGCAUCUGGAGCAUGUUCUACUGACUCUGCAGGCUCAUCAUUGUCAAUAGAUGAUGGUGAAAAUUGGGUGGAUGGUACUGAUGGUACGCUGAGUAGUAGUAUUUCAAGUAGAUAUCCUACAAAUCACCCUCUGACGCCUGAGUCUCCUAUUGAAGAAGAAAACUGUGAUGACUAUGUUCAUUGGAAUGGUCCCAGUGGGCUAGAUUCAGGUGUUGGUGAUGAUGAAAAGAUGAACAAUUACAUGCCGAUGGCGCCUUCGGCCGCAACAUUAUCGUUACCUAUUCAGCAACCUCACAGUGGGUCUGCUCGGAAGUACUCUCCCGGUAGGGGUAGUCAAGGAGCCAACCUCAAGGCAGGCACUUCUCCCUCACACUCAAACUACAUGGAGAUGAACAGCCCCUGCGGGUCUUCACCAAUGGACACACCUGGCAAUUACAUGAUAAUGAGUCCGGGAAAUGCACCCGAUAAUAUCCGGAAUUCAGCAUUUCACAACCGCAACUUUCAACAUACAGCGCCCAGCUCUGCGAAUCAUAGUCGUACCAGUAGCCUUGCAGAAGAAACUCCAGACGGUUAUGUGCCUAUGAUGCCAGGACAGACAGAUGAUGGUUAUGUUGAUAUGGACCCUCAAUCAGUUGAUGUCCAUGAUGAUUUUCACCAUGGUGAAAUGUCACCAUCAAGCUCUUGUUCUAUAACUUCCGGAACUCCUUCCACAGAUCUGCGCUUUUCUGAGUAUCCCUUGGAGAAAGUCAACUCCUAUUUGACGCCUUCAGAGGAGGAGGAACACAGUGAACAAAGACCAGCUCGAUGUUACUCUGUUGGUUCCAAGCCAGACAGUCUCAAUAAGAAAAACAGAAUUGACUUUAUAAAUCAAACAGACUGCUCCCGAGUGCGAGCUUUUUCUGUUGGCUCCCGCAACGCUGGCUCAAAAUAUAUGUCAAGGCCCUUAGGUCAUGAUAUUCAUGCAACUCGACAUGCACUGCAAGCCGGAGGGCAUUUCACACCUCCUAGUCAACAGAGACAGCAACAGGGUGGUGGUGGUGGUGGCAAGAAGUCAUCUAGCGCGCCAAUCCUCUCAAACCCUUUGUCUAGCUCUCCAAUGAACAGACAAAUUUUAGGUGGAAGCCAUUCUAGCGUUGAACCCAUGGAUGACUUAAUGGAAAUGGACUUCAGCCCCUCAGUUCCCAGCUCAUCUAAAAUUAAUCGGAACAAAAAUGCAGGAAAAACUGGAGGUCGUUCCAAAUCCACAUGUGUUAAUGAAUAUGUUGCAAUGUCACCAGCCGACCGCUUAUCAGUGCCAUCUGGAGGAGGAGGUCCAAGCCAUCAUUCUUCCUUGUCAUCAGUUGCAUCCUCCUAUUCCACAGCUGAAGGUUUUGACGUAGUUGAUCAUGUUGGGUCACCAAGAACGUUCGAUUCAAUUGGGCCUGGGUCUCCCCCCAAGACAUCUGUUUUGCGAGGUGUAUACUCAAACUCUGUUGGACGAUCACCUCCGGACAGUUUGGCAAGAUCACCUCCAAGCCGGUCAAAUGUACUGCCUCGCUCUGCAGUUGCUCGAAUGUCCUGCAUAGCUGAACUGAAACCUCAGAACUUCCCUAUGACAACUCCAUCUCCACCUAUUAAACCAUCUCUUCUUGCUACAAACAACUCUGCCUCCAGUAUGGCUGCAAAAAUGGCCAAAAUGGCUGUUUCUAGUCCUUAUGUUGAGAUGAACCCAUCAAAUGCAACCAUGAAGCCAGUAAUGGCUACAUCCAGUGCUUCAAAGCAGCCUGCUGAGUCUGGUCCCUACGUAGAAAUGAAGGGUCGAGCAAGCAGUGGAACAAGUAAAGCAACGGCAAAUGUUUUGCCUUCUUCAGCUACCAAUGAAGAUUACUUAGACAUGAGCUUUAAACCCAGAAGGACCUCUGUGCCAGAAUGUAAAGAACUUAGUUCCGCUACUGUAACAGAUGGUUAUGUUGAAAUGGGAUGGAAGGCUUCGGGUGAGUCUGAUUUAGAGUCAAACCCUCGCAAAACAUCUCUUGACUCUCAGAAGCCUACAGGUAAUGAAGACUAUAUGGUUAUGACUGGAGGAGGAUCUUCUAGCAGGAACCGGAGAGAGAGGAGAGGUUCAACUAAACGAGAAAGAAAUCAAUUCCGGUCUCAACCCAUUAAUAUUCAACAACCACAGCAUAAUCGAAAAAUUAUGAUGGAUACACCUCCCAAAGCUCCCCCAGGCUUCUUGCCUCUGGGCUCCAGCCUGGAUUCUCAGUCACCUCUUUCCAGUCCAUUUGCUUCACUAGGAAGAAGCAGAAAUCGCGAAGUGAGCAAAGACUCUAGCAGCACUAGCACUACCACUCCUACUGGAUCCAACUCCACCAUCUUCCCCAUAAGUUUGAAUUCCCCUUGCUCCCCUCUGGCACCAUUUACAGAAGAUGAACCAUCUGUUACAUCUGCCUCUCUAUCUGAAGCCUCAUUUGAUAAAUUAGAGAAGGUUCCUGCGGAUAUGAGUACUGGCACUCUAAGGUUGUCAUAUCCUAAAGUGGAAACUUCUAAAUCAAAUAGCAUUAUUUCAUCAAGCAGUAAACAGGAUUUGCCUAAGCACGAUUAUGUUAAUUUUACUCCCAAUUCGUCAGAAAGAAUUGACUCAAGUUUGAAGAGCAGUAUUGCAGAUGACUCUGGAGAUUAUGCCAUUAUGUGCCCUGGAUCUUCAAUUGCAAGUAAACCAGAGCCUCUAAAGAAAGUGCCCACAGCCACUUUAUCUGCAAAUAGUAAACAAAUUGCCAGAUUGCCAAUCGAUGAUGACUUAAGUCUGUGUGCUGGACCACAGUCCAGUGACUUCACCAGGCCUGCCUCUAAGCCACUUACUGUGUCAUCUUUGCUGGGAAUGAAUAAUUUGUCUCCCAGUAGUUCACCUAGUGAACCUCAAAACAUUCUGAGCUCAUCUACUGCUGUUACAUCAAAACUACUACUGAGCCGACAAGUACCUCCCGGGCCUUGCAUUUCUGAGAGAAAGGUUCAGAACUGUGAUUCAGAUUCUUCCUCUAUCAGCAGCUGUGGCACUUUAGAAAAAGCUUCAUCAUCUUCCAGUAUUUCAAGGCUAGAUGUUAAAGACAGCACAGAAAAUGUAACGGAAGACAAUGUCUCAGCUGUUACAGCUGCUGGGCCUGUAACUCCAGUAGUUUUUUCGAGCCCCAACGCAAGCCCUUGCCCAAGCCCUAGUCUAUGCAGUGAUGGGUCUUCAAGUCAUGUAAGCCCAGUGAGUCCUAGUCCUGCAAGUGCAGGUGGAGCAGGAGUUAGAGAGAAGAAAAUGUCAAGUGGCUCAGAUUCAAGCACUGCAAGCAGAGAUAGUCAACUUUUGGUACGGAAGUAUUCUACUGGCAGUGUGUCCCCCUCUGGAACUGGUGCUAAGAACAAAGGGAAUGGGGCAACUGGAAAGUCCAACAACACUCCAGCUAACCGAAGGUUAUCAUGUCCUAGCAAAUCCUCAGUAAGCAGACAGGUUUCAUUAUCAAGUGAUGUAAGUGAUGGAAGUCAGUUAGAGGAGUCACGAUUAUCAGAAUUUGGAUCUUCUCUGAGCAGACAAACAUCUAGCUCAUCUACAUCUGGGGAAGCUUCGUCCUCCACACUCCCCUUGACAGAAAAACGUAGUUUGUCAUGCUCACCAGUUCCUUCCAGUGCGUCUCCAGUUCCUCGUCCUGCUGAGCGGGAAAUUAAUUAUGCCUCCCUUGACCUGAGAACGGGUUCUGAGUCAGAGGAUUCCAGCACACGGAGUCCUAGAGGUUUGAAAACUCAAGGCUCCUUAAGUGAGUCACAGUCUUCCACUUCUUCACCAAGUCCCAACCCUCCUGGAGGAACUUUCACUUAUGCCCAGAUUGAUUUUGAAAAAAGUGAAGAACUAUGGUCAGCAAGCACUGCUAAGGGUGUUAAACAGUGAGUGUACGUUUACUGGUACUGUAUUCCUUGCUUUGCUUCUGAGGGGAAUAGAUUUUGACCUGACUCUCCUUCUAAGUCAUUUUAUGUCAUAGUUUAUGGAAGGAAUUGGUAUUGCUAUUGUUAUUUAUUUUCUAAUGUUCAUAUUAGCAAAGAUUUGUCAUUAAUGCUGACCUCUACAAACUGAACAAGUUGUUCAAAAAAUAUAGUUCACAGAUUGUUUUUACUGAUCUAAGAAAACAAAAAAAUGAAACAAAAAAACAGAAACUGAAUGAGAUUAUCACGUUAUUAAGAACUUCAAACAAAGCCAAUAAGAUCUCUACCUAAAGAAAGACUUAGACGUUCAGAAGCACUUUAGUGCCUGUUGAACAUACAAACAGACCAUUUAAUUAAAUGCAUGUUCCUACAUCUUUCACUUCCUUUAAAUUGGAUGAAAGACUUCAUGUGACAUUCCGUAAAGGAUAAGUUACAUUGACGCUGAUUUAAGGGGGAUGGAAGAGUGCUCUUCACUGCCGAUAUGGGAACAGUGACUUCAGAAAAGGAGCCAGCAACAUUAUUUCAUCACUGCCACUUGAGUGGACCGCUCUUCCUGUUGUUUCCUCCAAAUCUCGAUUCUGAUUAUAUAACUGUUGGAAAUCUUAAGUGCUUGUGUACACUGCUUCUUGAUUUUUCAUAUUUGGGGAAAUGUGCAUUUGAGAUGUCUUUGCAUCCCCCAGUAUAAUUGUUUGAGCAACUGUCGCCUUAAUAUUUUUUCAUGUUUAUCUGUGUCUGUGUAAGUCAAAUUAGAUCUAGGCAUAUAUAUUUAUUUAUAUAUACAUAUAUGCGUGUGUGUACGAGUGUCUGUGUGUAAGCACAUCCCAGCAGUCUUCUUUUUUUCCAAAUCAAUUUUCUCUCCAUAUUUGAGCACUUACCUAAGAGGUGUGGUUUGUUUGUUUGCUUGCAUUGCCAUCAUGUACGUGUCUAAAUGCUUUGUUUUGGAAUAGUGGUUCGAUUAGUGUUCUGAUUUUGUGGACACAUUGAACAUACUUAUCUAAUUGUCCACAUGAUUCUUUUAAAAAUUUCCCUCUUUGACUCACUUUUUUUUUUGUUGUACAUGAUUAUUCAAGAUAUUAAAACAUUCAAAAUUUGUAAGGUUUGUGAAACUUUGUGCUGCUUAUCUAUAUAUUCUUAAACAAAGCUUUGAAAUUUCAUUUGUUGGCUACUCUAGACUUUUUCCACAUAAAUCUGUUUGUUUGUAAAUGUAUAAUCAUCAUAGUAUACUUGUAACAUUCUGUGGCCUUCCCUAUUCGCUCAUUAUACUAUACUGUAUAUCUUAUCCCUUUUCUGUUAUGACAUAAGUUUCAUUGAGCCAUGCAUGAGUCAUUUAUUUCUAGCAUUCUUUCUCGCUCUGUUGCCAGAGUGCGCUCCUAUUCUCUCACUUAAGGGUCGAAAUCUUGACAUCAGUUCAUUAUUCCAGGAGUGCUAAUCAAUAUUACAUUAACUAAUCAUUACUUUUAAAUUUGUUUCCGACUCUGUAUGAUACUCUGCAGCAAAUCACUCCUGCUUUUCUCUCCUGUUAUGUUUGUUGUAUCUGGAAAAAGAAUUCUAAUCACUGCAUUCAGUGUGGUGAUAAUGCUAUCAGACAAACAAUCUGUCUCAAAUUUUUGCUCAUCAGUUUCAUUUUCUAGCUCUGAGCAAGUUUGUUAAGAUACGACUGUGAAGUUCAUUACAAACCUUGCUUUGAACUUUUCAUUGCUAUUUCAACUCUUACAUUUCAAGAAUUUUAGAUCUUUUCAUGUGAUAAGUCAAUGUUGUUUAUUAUUAAUCAUGUUUUAAUUGUGUUGUCUUCUAUCAUUACAAAAAAGAAAAUAACCAAACAGUUUGAAGGAAUCAACUAGUCAAAGUUUUGUUUCAAAGGGCACUUUCAGUCAAAAUUUGUCAUAUCUGUCCACUGAAUAUGCAGGUUAAUGUUAGUUCAAAGUAUCUUAUUUGCUUAUGUGUAUUUUUCAGAAACUGUGUCAUUGGUUUCCUGCCUUUUAAAAAAUAAUCAAAUCUGCAAGGUAUGUGUUUUGUUUGUUUUGAUCUUGUAUGGUUACUGCAGUAGUUUUACUGUUUAAAUUCUUAUUAAAUUUUAAACAAUCCUUUAUUGUUAUAAAAAGAAGAAAAGAAAAGAAAAACAAACUAUGAAACACUUAAACAGUUAUUUCGUCUUUACCUUGAGAUUCAUAAGCCUAGGUGAGUGUAUUCUUUAAUAUUGAUGUAUAAACCUUGGAGUAUUGCAUAUGAAGUGUCACUAAGCAUACAUUUCCUUCACCCACAUUUUGUGCCUCUGCUGUAGGCUUUUAGAGCCCUUCAGCAGUUUUGGGUGAAAAAUGUAGGCUAGGUAGUGCAUGAGCGAAACCUGUACUCUCUUCCUAUUUGUUCACCUUUUUUUAAAAAUUUGGUGUGUAGAAUGUAUCAUGGAAUCUGAAUCAUCACAUAUAUUUUUAUUAGUAGAGGCAUACUAGUUAGAAUUACAGAAAAAAAAAGUUUGCUAUUGAAUUGUAAGUUACCAGUUAAAUUCAGAGCAUUGUCAUGAGUUAAUAUAAAUUUUUUUGUUGUUUCUACUACCUGCAUUAUUGGGUUUGUGUGGCAAAUCAGGAAGGCAGAUUUCUUGCUUAAGUUUGUUGAAAAUGCAAGGGAGACAUUUUUAUUAGAGAUAUUCCUUUUACCUAAUGUUCUGUACAAAGCAUAGCAAAUUCAACCAAAUGGGAUCUGUAGAUUUGUAAUAUGUGCAGCUGUGACGGCGCCUGUUCAAUCCACUGUUACCUAUGGCUUCAAAUCAAGGAUCGUAUUAGCUAAUUUGUGUUGUUGGUCCAGUGGUCAGAGCAUAUCAAUUGUUUUAGGUCUUUUGAAAGUCUUUUCUUUGAUAUAGCUAUGUAUUUCUAUCUCUUAUAUAUAUGUAUGUAUGUAUACAUAUAUUGCAGAUGUAUAUGCAUAUUUAUAUAAUUAUGUAUGUGUAUGUCAACCUAGUGGUGUAUAAUUUAUGUAUGUUAAGUAAUAUGGAAGGGGGGAAAAUUUUAAAAAUAAUUAACAUUUAGAACAACGAAGCUUGUAUUUGUUCAUAGCUUGGUGGGGCUAUGUGGCUGAGCAUUGCCAAGUUUGUACAUUUUUUGUCUGUAUAUUACCACUGUUCCAUCUGCUGUUGCUUCUUGUUCAGUAAAUCAGCAGAUAUUGUAUGUUAUGUAACAUGUUAGAAUACGUAUGUACUGAAGUGUACCAAAGUUCCACUUUGUACUGUUGUACAUCUGUUAGGACAUCAGAUCAAAAGACCAUGACUUGUUUGGUGUGCCCUGUGCCGCGCUUGUGAGCAUUUUUUCUUGGGAAUGUGGUCAGUCAAUAUUAUAAUGUGCAUCGACCAAAAAGCUAGUCAGAGUAGUGCGCUGACAAACAUAUCGAGCAGUGGCUACUUGCUGGACUUCUUAAUCUUAUUAAUGGUUUAUUUCUGCCACUAUCUUUUCUCUUUCUUUCUUACCUAAGUUGUUUAUUUAUGCAUCAAGCAGUUGAAGUUCUGGUCCCCUGUGUUUUUACAAGCUAGAGGACAACAUAGCAUGCAUUCUGUGUGCUUUAACAAUUUUAUUCCAAUUUUAAACUGCAUCUUACAUCUUCUAUUCUUUACAGUCUCGUGCUUUCUUGUUUAAGGCCAAAUAAAUAUCCUUGCUGUUUUAAAAUGUGAAAUCAGGGGCUCAAUAAAAUUGUAUGCAUAAAUGGUAUGGUGCCUCCAGAAAAUAUGUGACAAGCUGUAAAGUUCUUUCAUUGUAUUUGUAAAUCUGAUGUGUUUUUUUUGUAAUUUUUAUGUAUGUAGAGCUUGUACUCUUUUGUACAGUUGUCUUGAUUGUUGCUAUCAGAAAUUAGGCCAAAUAGUUGGAUUGCCGGUGUAUUAGGAUAAUUUUUCAAUACUUAGAUUUGUAAUUGCCUUGGGGACACUUUCCACUGGGAGACCAACUGAGAUGUGUUCCCCUCGUAUUUGAACUCAAUGUAGGUAAUUGAUGCUGUUGUACUGGUAUGGCUCCUUUUUUUAAGCAUAUGCUUUAGAACGAAUUUCUUGCAUUACAUUGUAUGUGGUUUGUUCCAGUCUGGCACAGGGCAUGUUAAGCAUUGGAAUUCCUGAUGAAUUCUCUAGGGUGUUGUUUUCAUUUCUUUUUCUUUUUUUUUCCAAUGCAAAGUUUACACUAAAUAAUUGAUUGUUAAAUAAAGUUAAAGCAGCACUCCAA